GGCCGGGGCGGGGCCGGGCGCCGCGUGCGGCGGAGCGCGGCGGCUCCGGGCUGACAUGCGGCGCGGCCCCGGAGGCAACAGCAGCGGCGGCGGCAGCCGGAGCAGUAGGCACCCGAGCAGCGCGAGCGGCCGAGCGGGCGGCUUCCUGGCCUGGGCGCUCCGGGGGCGGCGGAGGUGCGCGCGGAGCCAUGGUUAUCAUGUCGGAGUUCAGCGCGGACCCCGCGGGCCAGGGCCAGGGCCAGCAGAAGCCCCUCCGGGUGGGUUUUUACGACAUCGAGCGGACCCUGGGCAAAGGCAACUUCGCGGUGGUGAAGCUGGCGCGGCAUCGAGUCACCAAAACACAGGUUGCAAUAAAAAUAAUUGAUAAAACACGAUUAGAUUCAAGCAAUUUGGAGAAAAUCUAUCGUGAGGUUCAGCUGAUGAAGCUUCUGAACCAUCCACACAUCAUAAAGCUUUACCAGGUUAUGGAAACAAAAGAUAUGCUUUACAUCGUCACUGAAUUUGCGAAAAAUGGAGAAAUGUUUGAUUAUUUGACUUCCAACGGGCACCUGAGUGAGAACGAGGCGCGGACGAAGUUUUGGCAAAUCCUGUCGGCUGUGGAGUACUGUCACGACCGUCACAUCGUCCACCGGGACCUCAAGACCGAGAACCUCCUGCUGGAUGGCAACAUGGACAUCAAGCUGGCAGAUUUUGGAUUUGGGAAUUUCUACAAGUCAGGAGAGCCUCUGUCCACGUGGUGUGGGAGCCCCCCGUAUGCCGCCCCGGAAGUCUUUGAGGGGAAGGAGUAUGAAGGCCCCCAGCUGGACAUCUGGAGCCUGGGCGUGGUGCUGUAUGUCCUGGUCUGCGGUUCUCUCCCCUUCGAUGGGCCUAACCUGCCGACGCUGAGACAGCGGGUGCUGGAGGGCCGCUUCCGCAUCCCCUUCUUCAUGUCUCAAGACUGUGAGAGCCUGAUCCGCCGUAUGCUGGUGGUGGACCCCGCCAGGCGCAUCAGCAUCGCCCAGAUCCGGCAGCACCGGUGGAUGCGGGCUGAGCCCUGCUUGCCGGGACCCGCCUGCCCCACCUUCUCCGCGCACAGCUACAGCUCCAACCUGGGCGACUACGAUGAGCAGGUGCUGGGUAUCAUGCAGAGCCUGGGUGUUGACCGGCAGAGGACGGUGGAGUCACUGCAAAACAGCAGCUAUAACCACUUUGCUGCCAUUUAUUACCUCCUCCUCGAGCGGCUCAAGGAGUAUCGGAAUGCCCAGUGUGCCCGCCCUGGGCCUGCCAGGCAGCCGCGGCCUCGAAGCUCGGACCUCAGCGGUUUGGAGGUGCCUCAGGAAGGUCUUUCCACCGACCCUUUCCGACCCGCCUUGCUGUGCCCACAGCCGCAGACCUUGGUGCAGUCCGUCCUGCAGGCCAAGAUGGACUGUGAGCUCCAGAGCUCACUGCAGUGGCCCUUGUUCUUCCCGGUGGAUGCCAGCUGCAGCGGAGUGUUCCGGCCCCGGCCCGUGUCCCCGAGCAGCCUGCUGGACACAGCCAUCAGCGAGGAGGCCAGGCAGGGGCCGGGCCUAGAGGAGGAGCAGGACACGCUGGAGUCCCUGCCCAGCAGCACGGGACGGAGGCACACCCUGGCCGAGGUCUCCACCCGCCUCUCCCCACUCACCGCUCCAUGUAUAGUCGUCUCCCCCUCCGCCACGGCGAGUCCUGCAGAGGGAACCAGCUCGGACAGUUGUCUGACCUUCUCUGCGAGCAAAAGCCCUGCGGGGCUCAGUGGCACCCCGGCCACUCAGGGGCUGUUGGGCGCCUGCUCCCCGGUCAGGCUGGCCUCACCCUUCCUGGGGUCGCAGUCCGCCACCCCAGUGCUGCAGGCUCAGGGGGGCUUGGGAGGAGCUGUUCUGCUCCCUGUCAGCUUCCAGGAGGGACGGCGGGCGUCGGACACCUCACUGACUCAAGGGCUGAAGGCCUUUCGGCAGCAGCUGAGGAAGACCACACGGACCAAAGGGUUUCUGGGACUGAACAAAAUCAAGGGGCUGGCUCGCCAGGUGUGCCAGGCCCCCGCCAAUCGGGCCAGCAGGGGCGGCCUGAGCCCCUUCCACACCCCUGCACAGAGCCCAGGCCUGCAUGGCGGCGCAGCCGGCAGCCGGGAGGGCUGGAGCCUGCUGGAGGAGGUGCUAGAGCAGCAGAGGCUGCUCCAGUUACAGCACCACCCGGCCGCUGCACCUGGCUGCUCACAGGCCCCCCAGCCGGCCCCUGCCCCAUUUGUGAUCGCCCCCUGUGAUGGCCCUGGGGCUGCCCCGCUCCCCAGCACCCUCCUCAUGUCGGGGCUCCCGCUGCUGCCGCCCCCACUCCUGCAGACCGGCGUCUCCCCGGUGGCCUCGGCGGCACAGCUCCUGGACACACACCUGCACAUUGGCGCCAGCCCCACCACCCGCCCCGCUGUGCCCUCACCACGCCUGGCCAGGCUGGCCCCAGGUUGUGAGCCCCUGGGGCUGCUGCAGGGGGACUGUGAGAUGGAGGACCUGACGGCCUGCCCCCUAGGCACCUUUGUCCUGGUGCAGUGAGGGCAGCCCUGCAUCCUGGCGCGGACACUGACUCUUACAGCAAUAACUUCAGAGUAGGUGAGGACGUCUGGACUCAAAGCCAAGAACUUUCUAGAAGUGAAAUAAGCAAUACGUUAGGUGUUUUGGCUUUUUAGUUUAUUUUUUUCUUGCACUGAGUGACCUCAACUUUGAGUAGGGACUGGAAACUUUAGGAAGAAAGAUAAUUGAG